GACGUACAUAUGCUGACGUCUUCCGUCGAGCGGGAAUCUUCAUUGAGCUGCUUGUUUGUUUUGGAUGCGAGUAGCGACGUCUCGUUGUGGAAUUGUCACUAGAUAAACCUGAGUUGGUGAGGAUGGCGAUGAGUGCGAGUCGAGUAGAGGUGGAGGCAGACGUUGAAGAGGACGAGAGCUUCGGGCCACAGCCACUGAACCGCCUGGAGCAGUGUGGAAUCAGUGCCAGUGAUCUAAAGAAGCUGGAGGACGCAGGGUUCCACACCAUCGAGGCCGUAGCGUACGCUCCUAAAAAAGAGCUGUUGAACAUUAAAGGCAUCAGUGAGGCUAAAGCUGACAAGAUCCUGGGUGAGGCAGCUAAACUGGUUCCGAUGGGAUUCACCACAGCGACAGAGUUUCAUCAGCGCAGAGCUGAGAUCAUCCAGAUCUCCACCGGCUCCAAAGAGCUUGACAAACUGCUGCAAGGCGGUAUUGAAACGGGCUCCAUCACGGAGAUGUUCGGUGAGUUCCGUACAGGAAAGACUCAGCUGUGCCACACGCUGGCGGUGACGUGUCAGCUUCCUAUCGAUCAGGGGGGGGGAGAAGGGAAGGCCAUGUACAUCGACACUGAGGGCACCUUCAGACCUGAGAGACUGCUCGCUGUGGCAGAGAGGUAUGGACUUGUCGGCAGUGAUGUUUUGGAUAAUGUAGCAUACGCUCGAGCUUUCAACACAGAUCAUCAGACUCAGCUGCUCUAUCAGGCUUCAGCUAUGAUGGCAGAGUCCAGGUAUGCUCUGUUGAUAGUGGACAGUGCCACAGCGCUCUACAGGACAGAUUAUUCAGGAAGAGGCGAGCUCUCUGCCCGUCAGUGUCAUUUAGGACGUUUCCUCCGCAUGCUGCUGCGUCUCGCUGACGAGUUCGGUGUUGCCGUUGUCAUCACCAAUCAGGUUGUAGCACAGGUGGAUGGAGCAGCCAUGUUUUCCGCAGAUCCUAAAAAGCCAAUUGGAGGAAAUAUUUUAGCACAUGCCUCCACUACCAGGUUGUAUUUGAGGAAGGGCCGCGGUGAAACUCGGAUCUGUAAAAUUUACGACUCUCCCUGCUUACCUGAGGCGGAGGCCAUGUUCGCCAUCAACGCGGAUGGAGUAGGAGAUGCUAAAGACUGAGGGCACCAAACAGUGUGUUCAUGUGAGAGACGGACAGUAACUGAAACGCGGUGACGGAUACACACGUGCUGCUAUAAUGUGUGUUCACUGUGCAGUGUGUGAGAAGAACACAGGAACAGUGCCACCUGCUGGUGAAGAGUGUUUCAUGUGUUUCAGAUGACAUUUUUCUUUUCAGGUGAUAAAAGGAUUAAAUACUACAUUUGAGUUAUUUUUUUUCUGUUUAUCUUUUCCUGAUUUUUCUGAGUAUUGUACUUAUACUUUCUGUACAUAUAACUAUUAAAUGUUUUAUUGUUUGUCAUGA